CAACCGAAAUUUUGCGGUUUGUAAUGUCUAAAAAAGCGUUUUUAAUCGGUCGCGGACCAUAAGACAAAACUUAAGAUGUUCUCCGUUUUUUUUUCUUAGUUUUGCCGCUUUUCAAUUUAGAACACUUGGGUUGACACCAUUGACACUUAGCAUCAGUCGGAAUGUGAUAGAAUGUCGGAUAUUUUCUGAGUUUAAGAUUUGUUAAAGUUGUAACAGCCGAUGAACUGGAGUAAGAAAUCGUACUAGAAUGAAUUAUAUAGACUUAGCGAAUUGCUAAACCGGAUAUCGGAUGACUUAAUAUUGAGAGCGGUAUACAAUAUAACGUUUGUAAAUAAAUGUUUCAUGACCUAAAUUAAAUAAAGGAAGCUACAAAUGGAAUUUCUAAUUUUCUGAGUAACGGCUUAUGUUUAACAUGAUUUUUCUAUGCAGAGGCACAAUUUCAAUUAGCGGAGUCCAUUCCGUUGGUAUCAGAAUGGAACCUCAAUCAUAAGAUACGACACAAGUUUCGUUUUUUGCAGAAUAUUUGUGGUCAAAUUGGGCAAAACAUACCGGAGCAAAUGAAAAACAACAAAUUUUGGAAGGGAUGCAUUACUUUAAGGAGCAUCCGUCGAGUGGCUUCACGGAUUACGAGCAUUAUUUCAUGUGCUUGCAGUGCGGUGAAGAAGUUUGCUUGUUGUUCAAUCCGACAGUUGGAAAACCAGGAUACCGUCGUGAAAACGAAAAUUGCGCGUUGCCCGUUUUUGAUGAAGUCAAUUAUAAUAUGCUUCCUGAUUCUUGGUAUCACAUACUGAACACCAAUGAUCCACUUGAACGCGGUGUGCCGUGUUAUGCAUUCAAGUAUUUCAAAGAAACUGUCGACGGAAUUUUUGGAGAAUUUCAGGAUAUUUCAUCAGCGGAAAACGGUACAAUGUCACUCAACGAAGUCAUACCAUUCCGUUGGUAUCAAAAUGGAACUUCAAUCACAAGAUACGACACACGUUUUGAAUCAUUGUGGUUAAAUGGGGCAAAACAUAACGGAGCAGAUGAACAUGUUUUGGAAGAGAUUCGAUACGCUUAUGAGCAUCGGAUGAGUUGCUUCACAGAUUAUGAGCAUUAUUUCAUGUGCUUGCAGUGUGGUGAAGAAGGUCCAAAGCAUGCAUGGGUUUACAGUCAUAAUCCACAUCCCGCUGCAGAAGACAUUCUACGAGUUCACAACAAGCUUGUUACUAUCGGUGGUGGCUGGAGCGCAUUUCCCCUGUACUUAUCUGGUUGUCAUAAAUUCAGCAUGCCAGAAACAAUCGCUUACUAAACUGCUGAUGUCUAAAUAUUUGUUAACCAAUUGUAUUUACUUGUAUUUACAAAAUAACUGGAUAUUAUAUCUAAUAUAUAUAUGUAAUUUGAUGUUAUACAAUGUUGAGGAUAUUGAAAAAGUAGAUUACCAGACUUUUGCUGUAGCUCAGGGACAUCAGCCGAUUGCGUAACCCAGGCGAUUAGAUUCUGCAUCAUCGCACUUUACAUA